AUGGGGUUUGCCAGCUGUAAAUCCACUGUAGUUAGCCGUAGUGCUGCCAGUAAAAUGGUUGUCCUGGAGUGGAGUCGAGACCAGUAUCAUGUUUUAUUUGAUUCUUAUAGAGACAACAUUGCUGGCAAAUCAUUUCAGAAUCGACUUUGUUUACCCAUGCCAAUUGAUGUUGUGUACACCUGGGUGAAUGGCACAGAUGUUGAGUUGAUCAAAGAAUUGCAACAAGUUCGAGAACAGAUGGAAGAAGAACAGAAAAUAAUGAGGGAAAUGCUUGGGAAAAAUACAACGGAACCACCUAAGAAAAGUGACAAGCAACUUGAAUGUUUACUGACACAUUGCAUUAAAGUGCCAAUGCUCAUCCUAGACCCUGCGGUGCCUGCCAACAUCACUUUGAAGGACUUGCAAUCUAUUCAUCCUUCUUUACAAUCUGCUAACAAUAUAUUCUUCGUAGCAAAACCAAAAAACCCUUCUACCAAUGUGACAGUAGUUGUUUUUGACAGUCCUAAGGAAGCUGAAGAUGGCCAUUCUGGAAUGUUAAAAGAAAGCAGCAAACAGACAGUAUGGAGAGGUUAUUUGACCACAGACAAAGAAGUACCAGGUUUAGUAUUAAUGCAAGAUUUGGCUUUCCUUAGUGGAUUUUCAGCUACAUUCAAAGAGACAAAUCAGCUAAGAGCAAAACUACCAGAGAAUUUGGCUUCUAAAAUAAAACUGUUGCAGCUUUAUUCAGAAGCCAGUGUUGCCCUCUUGCAACUGAAUAACCCCAAGGGUUUCCAGGAACUGAGCAAACAAGCUAAGAAGAACAUGACUAUAGAUGGAAAAGAACUGACACUUAAUCCUGCUUAUUUACUGUGGGAUCUCAGUGCCAUCAGUCAGUCUAAACAGGAUGAAGAUAUUUCAGCUAGCCGUUUUGAAGAUAAUGAAGAGCUGAGAUAUUCCCUGCGAUCAAUAGAGAGGCAUGCCCCUUGGGUUCGACACAUUUUCAUUAUCACUAAUGGGCAAAUUCCAUCCUGGCUUAACCUGGAUAACCCUCGGAUAACUAUAGUAACUCAUCAGGACAUAUUUCAGAAUUUGAGUCACUUGCCUACCUUUAGUUCCCCAGCCAUUGAAAGUCACAUUCAUCGUAUUGCUGGCCUUUCCCAGAAGUUCAUAUACCUAAAUGAUGAUGUUAUGUUUGGGAAGGAUGUCUGGCCUGAUGAUUUUUACAGUCACUCUAAGGGUCAAAAGGUGUACUUGACAUGGCCUGUGCCAAACUGUGCAGAAGGAUGUCCUGGCUCAUGGAUAAAAGAUGGCUACUGUGAUAAAGCCUGUAAUAAUUCAGCAUGUGAUUGGGAUGGAGGGGAUUGCAUCGGAAACAGUGGAGGUAGUCGCUACGCUGCUGGUGGAGGUGGAGGUGGAGGAGCAGGGAACGGCCCACCCUGGCAGUUUGGUGCUGGAAUCAGUGGAGUCUCUUAUUGUAAUCAGGGCUGUGCCAAUUCCUGGCUGGCAGAUAAAUUCUGUGACCAGGCAUGCAAUGUCCUCUCUUGUGGAUUUGAUGCUGGUGACUGUGGGCAAGAUCACUUUUAUGAGUUGUACAAGGUGACUCUCCAGCAGAACCAAACCCGUUACAUUAUUCCAAAAGGUGAAUACCUGCCCUAUUUCAGCUUUGCUGAAAUAGCCAAGAAGGGAAUUGAGGGUGCCUAUAGCGAUAAUCCAAUUAUACGGCAUGCUUCUGUUGCCAACAAGUGGAAGACUAUCCACCUGGUAAUGCAUAGUGGAAUGAAUGCAACUGUGAUCUAUUUUAAUCUUACAUUCCAAGAUAAAAAUGAUGAAGAAUUUAAAAUGCAGAUAGCUGUUGAGGUUGAUACUAGAGAAGAACCAAAAUUGAACACCACUUCCACCCAGAAAUUGGACACUUUCAUUAAAACUACACCUACAGUAUCAGAAGCUGAAAUGAUAUUUGAGGAUAUUCCUGAAGAAGAACGUUUUCCAAGAAUUAGGAAGCAUCCAGAUAACAUAAAGAAAAGUUUUCCUGAAGAAAUAGUAAUGCCACCAAUAAAUGUGUCUUCUCUUCCUGAUGAUGUUCAGUUGGCUCUGUGGAACCUGGAUUUAAAGCUAGAAAAUGGUGAUAUCACUUGGAAAGGUUAUAAUCUGUCAAAAGCUGCUCUUCUGAAAUCUUUUCAAAUGUUACCUACAAUGACAAAAACUAAGAAAUUGCCAGGCAUGGAAAAUAAAAAUAUCUAUGAUGUUGUAAAAGAGGGAAAGAACCUUAUCAGUUCACACAAGCCUUAUAAAGAUUUAAUUGGUGACAAAAUAGAAGCUGCGACAAAAAAACAUGAAGCAGUUCCUUCAGAGUCAGUAGCUGCAAAGAAUACUAUUGUGCCAAUGAAGCUGAACAGUCAGUUGCUGCUAAAAUCUAUUUCUGAAUCUAUGCUUGUAAUUCAGAACAUGGGAAAUAAAAAUGGAUCUCGAGAGAAAAUACUGAAUGCACUCAUACCAAAAGAAACUCAUAAGUCAAAAGAUAUUGGAAAUGUGGGAAUUGUGGAAGAGAAAAAAGAGGGAACAGAAAUAAACAACCGGCAUGCCAACAUAGAUACAGAAGACAGCAAAGUGUUGCCAGGAAGGAAAUUGCAAUAUUAUACAGGAAGUGAUCAAGGUUUUUUGCCAUGGGAAAAAAAUAAGUAUUUCCAAGAUCUUCUUGAUGAAGAAGAGGCAUUAAUUAAGCAGAUGUCCUACUUUACUGACGGUAAACGAAUUGGCAGGCAGUUGAAAGAUACAUUUGCUGAUUCCCUCCGAUAUGUAAAUAAACUUCUAAACAGCAAAUUUGGAUUUACUUCUCGGAAAGUACCUGCUCAUAUGCCUCACAUGAUUGACCGCAUUGUUAUGCAAGAACUGCAAGAUAUGUUUCCUGAGGAAUUUGACAAGACCUCAUUUCACAAAGUGAGACACUCAGAAGAUAUGCAGUUUGCUUUUUCAUAUUUCUAUUAUCUCAUGAGUGCAGUUCAGCCACUGAAUAUUUCCCAAGUUUUCGAUGAAGUUGAUACAGAUCAGUCAGGCAUUUUGUCUGACAGAGAAAUUCGCACAUUGGCUACAAGAAUACAUGAACUUCCUUUAAGCUUGCAGGAUUUGACAGGUCUGGAGCAAAUGCUGAUAAAUUGCUCUAAAUGGCUUCCUGCCAACAUCACUCGGAUUAAUAUCAUUCCUCCAACUCAGGAAGCUUAUUAUGAUCCCAAUUUGCCUCCAGUGACGAAAAAUCUAGUAAAUAAUUGUAAGCCUGUGACUGACAGAAUUCGUAAAGCAUACAAAGACAAAAACAAAUAUAGAUUUGAAAUCAUGGGAGAAGAAGAAAUUGCUUUCAAAAUGAUCCGCACCAACGUUUCGCAUGUAGUUGGUCAGCUAGAUGACAUAAGGAAAAAUCCCAGAAAAUUUGUCUGCCUAAAUGACAACAUUGAUCACAGUCAUAAGGAUGCUCAGACAGUGAAGGCAGUACUUAGGGACUUUUAUGAAUCAAUGUUUCCCAUAGCAUCUCAAUUUGAGCUGCCAAGAGAAUAUCGGAAUCGCUUCCUUCAUAUGCAAGAGCUUCAGGAAUGGAGAGCAUACAGAGACAAGCUAAAAUUUUGGACCCAUUGUGUGUUAGUGACAUUGAUUGUGUUUACGGUCAUCUCCUUUUUUGCUGAACAGCUAAUUGCACUUAAACGAAAGAUUUUUCCAAGGAGGAGGAUCCAAAAGGAAGUCAAUCAUGAAAGAAUCAAAGUGUAGAAGAUCUUUGUUUGGAAAUCAGUCUACCUCAAGAUGUAAUAAGCAUUUAAAAUUGUUAUUGGAGAGGUGUCUUUAUGAUGUAACAUUUAGCUAGUUUGAAAUGAAGAGAAGAAGUCAAAAAUCCAUAAAUUAGAACCUUCAUAGCGCUGUAUAUGACACCCAAACUCCUGAAAAUAUGGGGAGGAAGAGAGCAUGUGUGUCGACCGUUCUAAACUGGUUUUACUUUAGAAGAAUUAGCUCGCGGGUAUGUUAUCCUUUUUAUAAAAAGGGUUACUGAAACAAACCUAGCUGCAUUUAUAGCAGUGGAUGUUGCCAACUAAAUUGAAAGUUAAACUGUUCAGGAUUAACUAGAAAGAUGUCUUUGACCUUGCAUUCCAGAGCAUCUUGCAGAUUGCUGAAUUCAUCAGUACAUUUGUGUUGAUGUUGCUUUUUUCCAGUCUUAGAAGAAAAAGAGGAAAAUUGCUUACUUUCCCAAUCAGAUAUUGUCUACAUUUAAUGACUAUUACAUUGUUUGUAUGUAGCAAAAUACAACCUCAAAUUGGUGUUAUUUAAAUGAAGAAUUUGGAUUAUAUAUCCUACUCUGAUACAAACAAGAAUCAAACUACUGUUAUUUUAAAUAUUUUAUUUCUCACCCAGUUCAUUAAAUUGUCAGGAGUACUCUGGUAUUGUUUGAAGGCCUAAUUACACAGAGAGAACUGCAGUCAAGUAAGUGAUUAGGAUGUUAAUUUUACAAGCAUUGUAAAUAUAUGAGCAAAAGUGCCUCAACAUAUGAAUAAGUAAUAUAUUGUUUUAAUGUAGCAGUGUAUUAGAGCAAUGUUUCAUUUGUGAAUUUAGUAAUUAUAUUUUCAUGUGAAGCAUUACUGUUUUUAAAUUUGGACAAGCUUGAGUAAUCCUGUCAUACGUUGUUAAGACAGAUAUCAAGAUAGCACAGUUUUAAAAGGAAGAGGAUACUGUUACUCUUUUCAUGAAAAUAUUUUUGACAGAAUAUUUGCAAUCAUAGUUACUAACAGUAGUCUUCUGAAAUCUCUAUUUUGUAAUUGGAACAUGAGGUAUACAAUACAUUGUGUGCUGUAAGAUACUAACCUUGCUAUAAACAUAACUAAAGUCUUGUGAUAAUUAACAGUGAAGUUAAUUGGCUUAUUCUGUUUUUGCUCUAGCGGAAAAGAAAAUACAUCCAGUUUUGUAAAUUAUUCAUACCUAUUAUUCCUGUAGAUUUUGCUUGCCAUUAGAAAUAUUCAGUAGUAACUAUAAUUUGUUGUCACAUCAUUCAGUGCAUUUAGCGGAUUGUUAAACCAAAUGAGAUCUAAUAUUAAGCAUUUUAAAAUGCAAGCAUUUUUCUUUUUAGAGUUCAUACCAGAAAACCUCUGAGAUACUUAAUAUGAUGUGGACAUAUUAAAGUUAUAUAAACACAUAGCAUAUAAAAUAAGCAGUUCAUCUCCGCCCUACUUUCAGUUGUCAGUCUUCUAUUUUGGAAGAAAUGUCAACAAAUGAAAUCACAGGAAAGCCAGAAUAAAAUAGUUAUAUUUUAAAAAGGCAUAAACUAUCACGUAAAUUAGGUUACAAAAUUGAUCUACCUUAAAAUUGGUUUAGUAUACUACAUUCUGUUUUUUAAAGUGCUUGAGUGCAAGAAAUGAUUAGGGGUGGGGGGAACCCUAAAGUCCAGUUUUUCAAAACUUUUAGCUAAGUUACAUGUGCAAAUCAUGUAUUUCCAUAUACAGAUGUCAUGUCAGUGCACAAGUGCCCAUUCUUUUGUGCAGUUUAAGCAGACAGUUUUAAAAACUGGGUUUAUAUUAUCCUUUUCUUUUCAGCAGUAGCCAGCCAGCAGAUAGAGCA